AUGAACGCAAGAUCUCUUCUCGUGAUUUACACUUGUCAGUUUAUGCUUUUUAACUUGUCCGGGGUUACAUGCUCUGAGGCGGAGCACAAACUGUUCUCUGGGAUCUUCUCCAGUUAUAACCAGUACAUCAGACCAGUGGAGAAUGUGUCUGACCCAGUGAUAGUUCAGUUUGAAGUGUCCAUGUCACAGCUUGUCAAAGUGGAUGAAAUCAACCAGAUAAUGGAGACCAAUCUUUGGCUGCGACAUAUAUGGAAUGAUUAUAAGCUCAGGUGGGAUCCCAAACAGUUUGGAGGUGUUGAGUUCAUCCGUGUGCCCUCUAACAAGAUCUGGAAGCCAGACAUAGUGUUAUACAACAAUGCAGUUGGAGACUUCCAAGUGGAUGAUAAAACGAAAGCUCUUCUACGUUUCAAUGGAGAUGUAACGUGGAUCCCACCGGCCAUCUUCAAAAGCUCUUGCAAGAUCGAUGUCACGUACUUCCCAUUCGACUACCAGAACUGCACCAUGAAGUUUGGCUCAUGGACCUACGACAAGGCCAAAAUCGACCUGGUGCUCAUCGGUUCCACCAUAAACCUAAAGGACUUCUGGGAAAGUGGAGAAUGGACGAUUAUCGACGCUCCCGGGUACAAGCAUGAUAUCAAGUAUAACUGCUGCGAAGAGAUCUACACGGAUAUUACGUACUCUCUCUACAUUCGCCGUCUGCCUCUUUUCUACACCAUAAACAUGAUCAUUCCCUGUCUGCUCAUCUCCUUCCUGACCGUUCUGGUUUUCUAUCUCCCUUCAGAUUGUGGUGAGAAGGUGACGUUGUGUAUUUCCGUUCUCCUCUCCCUCACCGUUUUCCUCCUGGUAAUCACGGAGACCAUUCCAUCCACCUCUCUUGUCAUCCCUUUGAUCGGAGAGUAUCUUCUUUUCACUAUGAUAUUUGUUACUCUUUCCAUCGUAAUCACAGUCUUUGUGCUCAAUGUACAUUACCGUACCCCUAAAACGCACACCAUGCCGCGUUGGGUGCGUCACGUCUUUCUUAGUCUCCUCCCUCGGGUCAUGUUCAUGAGACGGCCUGAGAAAGAUCCAGAGAGACCCGGCUGUAGCGGAGCUCCUCCACGACUUUGCAGUCUUCACACACCGGGCUCCAUUACCCCACACGUUCCAAAGCAGCACAGUCGGCCGGGAAGCCUUCCACACCGCCCUCAGCUCCUCAGGUGCACUGAGCUCACUAACAUGGGCGAUGCUUCCAAAACAGGGUCCGGCUUUUUGUGUAGAGAAGGACGAUGUACGUGCUGCUGGAAGCCACUAAACAUGGAGAGGGGAGCAGGUAGCAUCAUGGGAAGCAGAGAAGGAAGAUGCAGUCCCUGCUCCAGCUCAGAAUCUAUGGAUGGAGUGGUUUUUUGUAUGUCAAGUCUCUCGCCGGAAGUCAGAGAUGCUAUCGAGAGUGUGAAGUACAUCGCAGAAAACAUGAAGUUAGAAAAUGAGGCCAAGGAGGUCCAGGAUGACUGGAAGUAUGUUGCCAUGGUGAUUGACAGGAUCUUCCUUUGGGUCUUUGUCCUUGUGUGCAUUCUGGGAACAGCUGGACUCUUCUUGCAGCCCCUACUGUCGAGCGAGGACAUGUGA